UUGCUCCAGAGAUUGUAGAAAGAGAGAGAGAGCGGCCAUGAGCACCCUGAAGUUCUGCUGCCAAUGCAACAACACGCUGUACCCCAAGGAGGACAGGGAGCGGCGGACCCUCCUCUACGCCUGCCGCAACUGCGACCAUCAGGAGGUGGCUGAUAGUAGCUGUGUCUAUAGGAUGGAGAUACAUCACUCCGCCAGCAAAUGCUCGCAAGACCCACAGGAUCCAACAGCUGAUCCCUCUCUCCCUCACACCAAGUGUGUUAAAUGCUACAAGUGUAAUAAUCCAGAAGCUGUCUUCUUCCAGGCACCUUCUAAGGGGGAGGAAGGCAUGGCACUGUUCUUUGUCUGCUGCAACCCAAAUUGCGGUCACAGGUGGAGGGAUUGAUGAAAGUGAUACCAUACUUUACUGUUCUAGUUUAAGCUUGAGUUUGGUAUGUACUUUGUUCUCCAGGAUACAAAUGCAUCAUAUAUCUUCCAAAAUAGAGCUCUCAUAACAUCCAAACACCUCCUUUUUCUUGGAAUUUCAAGGGGACAUAGCUUUUUGCUAUUGAGUUAAAAGCAGAGUUAGCUGAACUGGUUUUUUGCAGUAAUUUGAAAUUUAAAAGCUCAAAUAUUUGAGAU